GUCGGAAAGGGACCAAAACAAAAAAGAAAAGAAAGUAGAAACCGUAAAACGACAAAAAACAAGUGCACGUUGAUUCCCUCCCUUCUUCACUUUCUCUCUCUCUCUCUCUACAUACAAACAGACCAUUUCUCAUUUCAUCUUUUCUUCUCUCUCUCUCUAGCUUUUUAAUCUCUCCAGAUGCCCAAAUCCUUUACACUCCGUCGCCACCGCCGUCUUAGAUUCCAUUUGCCCUCUUACUCCCAUCACCACCGUCGCCGUCUACACCCGCCUCCUCUGCAUUCGUCAAAAUCUCAUUUUAAGCAAUGCUGAUCACCACCACCCUCUGAGGGCUUCUUCUCUCUAUCAGAGAUUGAUUCUUUGAAAGAAAGAAAAGAAAGAUGUCUCCUUUUCUCCUAAUUGGAUGCCUGAUGCUGGCUUUUCUCCUAAUCCGCCGCCAAUGGAGAUCCGCCGCCGUGAAGCGGGAGGAGGUUCUUCGGCUUAUCUCUUUAGCCACCGAGGAAUCUUAUCUGGCAGCAGAGAAAAAGGAGGAGGAGGCUCGUGCCACUGUGGACUACUACGGCUCCUCUUCUGUUCCUCCAGAUGUUUAUAGUUGCGCUGUUUGUCACUACCCAACAACUACUCGCUGCGCUCAAUGCAAAUCUGUUCGCUACUGUUCUAGCAAGUGUCAGAUUCUUCAUUGGCGACGAGGUCACAAGGAAGAGUGUCGACCGCCUCCUCUUCAUGAUUUCGACAGAGAAGAGGAUAAGUCUGUUAAGUCUGAUGAUGGGGAAGAAACAAAUAUUGAGUUGCCAUCUCGUGGGACUGAGUUUGAAUCAUCAGCAGCAGAUGAUGGGCUAACUGGUAUAGAGACCAACGAGAGGGUGAAUAAUGAUGGCGUGUCAGUUGAUCUUGCCUGUGACAUCUCUACAAGUAGGUCUAGUGUUCAAAAGGUACAACCCAAGUCUGAAGCUGUGGACUUCACUACUUCUCUAAACGAAAAAGAUAAUUUCUAUGAGACGAAGCCAAUAAGCAGGAAGAAGUCACAUAAUCGCACAGAGAAGGUCGAAUCAUCUAGAAAGCAUUCCAAAGGGAAGAGUGUUCUAUUUACUGAUGCAAAGCCGCAAAAUUCACGUAGGUCAGUUGAUACGGUUCAAGUGUCAGCUUCGAAUCAUCCUUUUUCAGUGGAACAUGAAGGAGAAAAGAUUGCACUUGGACAUGGGAAAACGACAUCUGAACCAUCUAGUAGUGCUCCUUCUGCUGCGCUGUCGUUUUCAACUAUUCCUUUACCUUCAAAAGCUAUUAGUAAACCUAGAGUAUCACAAGCUUCUUCAAGUAGUAGUGUCUUGAAAACAUCGAUGCAAAAAGUUGUUCAGCAUUUUAGACCCCCAAAGUCGUCUAAACUAACUCAACCUUCCACUUCUGUCAAUGAGAUGAGCUUCUCUUAUGAGAUGUUUGUCAAACUUUACCGUGAUAGAAUAGAGUUACAGCCAUUUGGCCUUGUCAACUUGGGGAACAGUUGUUAUGCAAAUGUUGUUCUCCAGUGCUUGGCCUUCACUCGGCCACUUAUUUCUUAUCUAAUUAGGGGAAUACAUUCUAAAGCGUGUCGAAAGAAGAGUUGGUGUUUUGUUUGUGAGUUUGAGUUCUUAAUUUUGAAGUCAAGGGGAGGAGAAUCUCCUCUGUCACCUAUCAAAAUCUUAUCAAGAUUACAAAAGAUUGGGAAGCAUCUUGGCCCUGGAAAGCAAGAAGACGCUCAUGAAUUUUUAAGGUGUGCUGUUGAUACAAUGCAAUCUGUUUUUCUCAAAGAGGCUGAUGCAGCUGGUCCGUUGGCAGAAGAAACUACUUUAGUAGGCCUUACGUUUGGUGGUUACCUUCACUCCAAGAUUAAAUGCAUGAAAUGCCUGCACAAAUCUGAGAGAACGGAGCUGAUGAUGGAUCUAACUGUUGAGAUUGGUGGAGACAUAGGAAGCCUAGAAGAAGCACUUGCUCAGUUUACAGCCUAUGAAGUCCUAGAUGGAGAGAACCGGUACUUGUGUGACAGAUGUAAAUCUUACCAGAAAGCCAAAAAGAAGUUAAUGAUACUUGAAGGACCCAAUAUUCUUACUGUGGUGUUGAAACGUUUUGAGUCUGAUAACUUUGGGAAGCUGAGUAAACCCAUUCAUUUUCCUGAGCUUCUCGAUAUUAGUCCAUACAUGAGUAACCCAAAUCAUGGGGAUCAUCAUCCAAUGUAUAGUCUCUAUGCAGUGGUGGUCCAUUUAGAUGCCACUUCAUAUUCAGGUCAUUAUGUUUGCUACAUCAAAAACCUUCAUGGAGACUGGUUCAAGAUUGAUGACAGCAAUGUUUUCCCGGUUCCAUUACAGACUGUGUUACUAGAGGGAGCAUACAUGCUUCUCUAUGCAAGAGAUUCUCCAAGACCGGUGAGCAAGAACGGUGGUGGUCGGAAAUCAAAGGAAAGAAGAAACUUGUCUGCAAUCCCGUCGAGACACGACAACAACAGCAAGAAGAAGCAAGAGAAAGACAGUAGCAGCAGUUUGUUGCCAAGAGUAGAUUUGUCCAGUGGAAGUUUAUCAUCAAUGUUCAGCUCAUCAGAGACAACAAGCUCAUGCAGCACAAAAGACUCAUCAGGUUUUGAGAAUUUAUCAGAUUACUUGUUUGGUGGAGUUGAACAGGUUUGGAACCAGGAUCCAUCUUCUCAAAGAGUUUGAUGUCCAUUUGUUUUACUUGAAACAGUAACCAAAAAUAGAAAUGUAAUUUUUUUAUUUGUUCAUCUUUUAAGCCAAUUAAAAUUGUGAUAUAUAAUUUAUUAAUUUAAACUAACACUAUCUUACUGGAAAGUAAAUAAAUUUUUGGUCAA